AUGGCGGGGCCGCCGGACCCCGCGGAGCGCUGCUCCUGCCGCAACACCGACUGCCUGGAGCGGCCGCUGCGCCGGCUCUUCGAAGGGCUGGCGAGCGGCGUGGCCGCCUGCCCCUGGCCCUUCGUGCUGGUGCCGCUGCUGCUGUCGGGCGGGCUGGGUGCCGGCUUCCUCUUCCUGCCGCAGCGGCAGGCGAACGACAUCGAGGGGCAGUUCACGCCGACCUGGGGGCCCGCCAAGGCCGAGCGCGACUUCGUGCGGCAGCACUUUCCCCCCAACGACUCGUGGCGCUUCUCCGCCCCACGGCUGAUCACCGAGGGCACCUACGCCGCCCUCAUCGCCGUGGCGACCGACGGGACCUCGGUCCUGGAGCCGGCGGCGUGGGCAGAGGUGCUGCGGCUGAACGCGGCCGUGCGCGACGCCGAGUACGACCGGCUCUGCGCCCGCACCGCCGACGGCUGCGCCAGCCCCAACCCGCUGCUGCGGCCGGGCGAUGAGGAACCGCCCAAGAACCUAAGCUUCCCCGUCAAUGGCAGCGAUUUCCUGGGGACCGCGCUGGGCGGCGUGGAGACGGACGGUGGGCGGGUGCGCUCGGCGCGGGCCCUGAAGCUGCUCUAUUACCUGCGGGAGGACGGCCCCGAGGCGCAGGACAGCCGGCGGUGGCUGGAGAGCUUCCUGGGAAACAUCUCGGCCAAACUGGCGGAGUUGCGCCUCAGCUCCAUUCAGGUGACUUACUUUACCUCGCUGUCCAGACAAGAGGAGUUUGAAGGAAAUACCAAGAGUGUGAUCCCGCUCUUCUCCAUAACAUAUUUCCUGACAAUCACCUUUGCAAUCGUCUCGUGCCUAAGACUGAGCUGUAUAAGAAAUAAUACCUGGCUUGCGAGCUGUGGAGUGCUUUCCUCUGGCUUAGCUGUAUUAAGCAGCUUUGGACUGAUGCUCUUCUGUGGAGUGCCGUUUGUGGUCACAGUAGCAAAUGCACCAUUCCUGAUUCUGGGGGUUGGCGUUGAUGACAUGUUCAUCAUGAUUGCUUCCUGGGAACAAAGUUUAAGGAGAAAAGAUAAAUCCAAUGUUAAAUCUCUGCUGGCUGAGACUUAUGCAGAAGCAGCACUUUCUGUGACCAUCACCACUCUGACAGAUGUUUUGGCCUUCUUCAUUGGCACCUGGACUGCUUUUCCAUCCGUGAGGUCUUUUUGCCUCUAUACAGGCACGGCUUUUGUCUUCUGCUAUGUAUAUACCCUGACCUUCUUUGGGGCAGUUCUGGUAUUAAAUCACAAAAGGGAGCAAGGGAACCGACACUGGCUGACUUGCAUGCGUGUGGAUGUAGGUAAAGAUCAGGCUGAGAACUGCUUGUACAAUGCUUGCUGUAUCGGCAACGGUUCUAGGCAGCCAUCUGAGCCAGAAGGUGAGCAUCCAAUGAGCAUAUUCUUUCAAAAGUAUUAUGGCCCUUUUGUUACAAAUAAAUGGAUCAAGCUGCUCUUGGUGUUACUGUACGGCGCAUAUUUGGGUGGCAGCAUUUAUGGGUGUACUCAGAUCAGGGAAGGCAUCGAUCUCCGAAAUCUGGCAAAUGAUGACUCCUACGUUAUUCCAUACUAUGAUGAUGAUGAGAAAUACUUCUCCACAUACGGACCCAGGGUCAUGGUUGUCAUUACUGAGAGUGUAGAUUACUGGAAUGAGUCUGUGCGUCUUGGCAUUGAGAGCUGUGUACAGAAUUUAGAGAGCAUUUCCUAUGUAGAUAGGAACCUCUCAGAGUCAUGGCUGAGAGUAUACACAGGACUUGCCAAAGGAGGUUUGGUAAAUAUAAACAACAAGACUGACUUCUUAAACAGAUUAACUAUAAUGUUCAAGAUUCUUCCCAGUUUUGAGUGGGACAUAAACAAGACUCAGGAUGAAAUAGAAGCUUCACGUUUCUUCAUCCAGACAGUGAAUGUGACAUCAGCCGUGGAUGAGAAGAAUCUCCUCAAUCAGUUAAGGGAGGCAGCCAAGCAGUGCAGCAUUCCACUGCAGGUGUAUCACCCAGCCUUCAUCUACUACGACCAGUACCUGGUAAUAGUGCAGAACACUAUUCAGAACGUUGUCAUUGCUGCCGGGGCGAUGCUCGUUGUCUCCCUUCUGCUCAUUCCCAACCCGUUGUGCUGCCUGUGGGUGACUUUUGCCAUAGCCUCUGUUAUAGUUGGCGUUGCUGGUUUCAUGACAUUCUGGAGCGUCAAUCUGGAUUCCAUAUCCAUGAUCAACCUGGUCAUUUGCAUUGGGUUUUCAGUAGAUUUUUCUGCUCAUAUUUCCUACGCCUUUGUUACGAGUGGAGAGUCAUCAGCCAAUAAAAGGGCAACUGAAGCUCUGUCCUUGCUGGGUUACCCAGUACUACAAGGUGCAGUUUCUACAAUACUAGGAGUAGUUGUCCUGGCUGCAGCAAACACCUACAUUUUUAGGACAUUCUUCAAGAUAAUGUUCCUUGUUAUUUUGUUUGGGGCUCUUCAUGGCCUUGUUUUUAUUCCAGUGUUUUUAACAUUUUUUGGAAACUUUGGCAGAUCACCCAGUACCAGAUCUAAAAAACAUGAGCUUGCGAAAUUGUAAAGGUUGUUUGUGACUAAGUUUAAUGUUUUGUAAGUUUUAAUUUAUAAUUUAAAAAUUUUUAUUAUUU